GACGUCACGAAUGACACGUAUUCAAAAUGGCGGCCGCGGCUAUGGAGACAUGGUGGGCCUUGCUUCUGUUGUCCUUGUUGCCUGUGGUAUUACCCUUUUACGUUCCUGGAGUGGCUCCUCGGGACUUCCAUGAAGGCGACAUUGUAGAUAUUAAGGCUGUGAAGAUGACCAGCUCCCGUACUCAGCUUCCUUAUGAAUACUACUCCCUACCAUAUUGUAAGCCUUCGUCUAUUGUCUACAAGGGAGAGAACCUUGGUGAGGUGUUGCGCGGAGACCGCAUUGUGAACACACCCUUUGACGUAGCAAUGAACAAGGAAAAGAAGUGUGAGGUGGUGUGCGACAAGAAGAAGCUCAGCAAAGCAGAGAGCAAGUUGUUUGCAGAGAGGAUACAUGAGGAGUAUUAUGUUCACCUUAUCGCAGAUAACCUGCCGGUGGCCACCAGGUUGGAGGUGUAUCUCAGUAGGGAGGCAGGAGCUGAAGAGGAGCAGAGGAAAGACAUAGUGAAAGAUAUCCAGUUUGAACAUGGCUAUAGACUGGGCUUUGUUGACAACAGCAAGGUUUAUCUGCACAACCACCUCUCCUUCAUCCUGUACUUCCACAGGGAGAAGCUCGAGGAGGGAGAGCAGCACAACUACAGAGUGGUGCGAUUUGAGGUCAUACCCCAAAGUGUAAAAGUAGAAGAUCUCAAGGCUGUGCAAAAGGAUAAGACUUGCACCCUGCCGGAGGCCAGUGGCUCUGCGCCUCAGGAGAUAGACCCCACCAAGGAGAACGAGGUCCUCUUCACCUACUCUGUGCACUGGGAGGAGAGUGAGGUGAAAUGGGCCUCUCGAUGGGACACAUACCUGACGAUGAGCGACGUACAGAUUCAUUGGUUCUCCAUUGUCAACUCUGUGGUGGUUGUCUUCUUCCUGUCAGGUAUCCUCAGUAUGAUCAUCAUCAGAACCUUGAGGAAGGACAUUGCUAAUUACAACAGAGAGGAUGACAUUGAAGACACAAUGGAGGAGUCAGGAUGGAAGAAUGUCCAUGGUGAUGUCUUUAGGCCGCCUCAGUACCCCAUGAUUCUCAGCUCACUGCUGGGGUCAGGGAUCCAGCUGUUUUGCAUGAUCCUUAUUGUCAUAUUUGUUGCUAUGUUGGGCAUGUUGUCUCCAUCCAGUCGAGGAGCCUUGAUGACCACUGCGUGCUUCCUCUUCGUGUUUAUGGGCGUGUUUGGAGGCUACUUUGCCGGAAGACUGUACCGCACACUGAAAGGCCAUCGGUGGAAGAAAGGAGCGUUUUGUACUGCAACUUUGUAUCCGGCUGUGUUUUUUGGCAUCUGCUUCAUCCUCAACUGUUUCAUCUGGGGUGAGCACUCCUCUGGGGCGGUGCCCUUCACGACCAUGCUGGCUCUGUUGUGUAUGUGGUUUGGUAUCUCCAUGCCUUUGGUCUACCUGGGAUACUACUUUGGCUUCCGCAAGCAGCCAUACGACAACCCUGUACGAACCAACCAGAUCCCUCGGCAGGUUCCAGAGCAGCGCUGGUACAUGAACAAGUUUGUAGGAAUCCUGAUGGCUGGGAUCCUCCCAUUUGGUGCCAUGUUCAUUGAGCUCUUCUUCAUUUUUAGUGCCAUCUGGGAGAAUCAGUUUUAUUACCUUUUUGGCUUCCUGUUUCUGGUCUUCAUCAUCUUGGUGGUCUCUUGCUCUCAGAUCAGCAUCGUUAUGGUUUAUUUUCAGCUGUGUGCAGAGGACUACCGGUGGUGGUGGAGAACCUUCCUGGUUUCAGGAGGGUCAGCCUUCUAUGUCCUUGUGUACGCCAUCUUCUACUUUGCCAAUAAGCUGGACAUUGUGGAGUUCAUCCCCUCGCUCUUGUACUUUGGCUACACCGCCUUGAUGGUUCUGUCUUUCUGGCUGCUAACGGGCACAAUUGGCUUCUACGCCGCCUACAUGUUCAUCAGGAAGAUCUACGCUGCUGUCAAGAUCGACUGAGUCUGUUGCUGCACCUGCUGUUUUUUUUUGUCACAUUUUCUUUUUGUUUGACAUUUUAUAUAUAUGUAUGUAUAUGUGUAUGUAUGUAUGUGUAUAUAUGUAUGUGUAUAUAUAUUUAUCACAUAUAUAUACACAUAUAUAUGUAUAUAUAUUUAUUUUUGUUUUUUUUUUCCACCAAGCACUGACUUGUGUCUGGAGGAGGGAUUUUUUUUGCAGUACAACGGCCCCAACCACUGGCGUGAUUGGGUAGAACAACAAGUGUCUGUCUUCUUCCUUCUUUGCUACCCCCUUAAUUAGAUUUUCUUUUUAUUUUUGGACGGAGACCCAGAGGACAUUUCCUGUGAUGGGACAGUUUGCGUCUUCAACUGGGUCACCUUGCAACCAACACAGUGGGCCAAAACAAUGAUUUUCUGCACACUUUUUUUUUUUUUGUCUUUUUGAGCCUAAUUUAUCUGUGUUUCGUCGCCAUCAUUCAUCUGUGAAUGAAAUAUUCCCUGCUUUUCUUCAUUUUCCACUUGUGACUUUACAGAUGGAGAGUCUAACUGUGGUUGUGUUGUCUUAUGUUGGACUGAUGCAGGAGGGAGUGAUGCUGGGAGAGUCCAUAGAAUGGAUACAUUAAACGCUCUCUUGUUUUUUAACUUAUGUUUCCAUAUCUUUCCUGUAUGAAAAUAGCAGGUUCUCACCCUCUUAAAUGUACCAAAUACGUUGGUGUAUUGCCUCUAAACGAUGAAAUAAUGAUGUGAAAACUGGACUGAGAUUUAUUGGAGGCACAGUGUUGGGUUUACCAAGCAGAUAAACAUCGGAAGCAUUCCUGUUGAAACUUGGAAGAUGGUUUUUAUGCUUAUUAAAUGGUUACUGCAGUAUU